AUGUCUCCUCACUGCGAGUCACCGACCGAGGCCGGUAGCGGCUUUUCCCAAUUCGACGGAAACGGCUUCACAAAUGGUCACGGCAACGGCGCUGUGUACCAGAAUGGCAAUGGCGUGAACGGUCACCACAUCAGCGGCUCCAGCAUCCAGAAGUCUCAGUACCUGCAGCCAUGCGAACCCAGUGAAAUCCACGACCUCAUCUGCGUUGGCUUCGGCCCCGCCAGUUUGUCGGUUGCCGUUGCCAUGCACGACUUCCAGGAGGCUGGCCGGCAGCUCUCCCCUGGCCGGCCGGCGCCCAGGGUGCUCUUCCUCGAGAAGCAGCCGCAGUUCGCAUGGCACCCGGGAAUGCUCCUCUCGGGCGCCCGCAUGCAAAUCUCCUUCAUCAAGGACAUGGCCUCGCUGCGCAACCCGCGCUCGCAGUUCACCUUCCUCAACUACCUCCACUGCAACAACCGCCUGGUUGAGUUCACCAACCUCGACACAUUCCUGCCUGCCCGCGUCGAGUACGAGGACUACCUGCGUUGGUGCGCCCGUCACUUCGAUGACGUCGUCGAGUACGGCCGCGAGGUCGUAUCCGUGUCCCCGGACCCCCAGACCACCGCCGGCGCCGUCAAGACCUGGACCGUCAAGUCGCACAACAUCAAGACCGGCCAGGUCAGCUCCUACCAGACUCGCAACGUCCUGAUCGCAACCGGCGGGCAGCCCCGCCUCCCCAGCGUCCUCCCCGCCAAGCACCCGCGCGUCAUCCACUCCUCCCAGUACGCCCAGCUGGCCCCCCAGAUCCUCAACGACACCUCGAGGCCCUACAGAGUCGCCGUCAUCGGCGCCGGCCAGUCCGCCGCCGAGAUCUUCCGCGAUGUCCAGCGCGCGUACCCCAACGCCAAGACGUGGAUGGUGAUGCGCUCCGAGUUCCUCAAGCCCGCCGACGACUCGCCCUUUGUCAACUCCAUCUUCAACCCCUCGUAUGUCGACGAGCUCUACCCCAAGUCGCAGAGCUAUCGCCGCGCUCUCAUCAAGGAAGCGAAGGCCACCAAUUACGGCGUGGUGAGGCUGCAGCUCAUCGAGGCUCUGUACGAGAUGCUCUACCACCAGAAGCGCACGCUCGGCACCGACGAGCGCAAGUGGCCCCACCGUAUGCUCUUCGGCCGCGACAUCACCCAGGUCACCGAGAGCAAGGAGACGGACCGCCUGCAGCUCCACGUCCGCCGCCUGGAGAGCGCCUGCGACGGCACCGAAGACGGCUUCGUCGGUCAGCUCCCCGGCGACGAGGUCUUCGACGUCGACCUCGUGGUCGCCGCCACCGGCUACCAGCGCAACGCCCACAUCGACAUGCUCCGCGACAGCUGGGGCCUGCUGCCCGAGGUGCCGUCCGCCGCCAACGCCGGCGACCGCGGGCUCGUCGACGGCUGGGAGAUUUCCGGCCCCGACGCCACCUCAGCGUCGAGGAAGCUCGAGGUCGGCCGCGACUACCGCGUACGUUACGCCCCUGGCGCCGUGGCGCCCGACGCCGGUGUUUAUCUGCAGGGAUGCUGUGAAGCCACCCACGGAUUGAGUGAUACCCUUUUGUCUAUUCUUGCCGUGAGAUCGGCCGAGAUUAUCGACUCCAUCUUUCCCGCGACGCCGAGGGCCAAGGCCGUUUCCAACUAG